ACUAUUUCUCACGCAACACCGUCACCCAAUUACCGAGUUUUCCAUUUCAUUCUUUCCUUCUUCAAAUCACGUUUCUCUCCUGGCGCGGCAGAUAUGGCGAAUGAAUUAGACUGUUCCAGUCUAGAACUUUCCAUUUUACAGGGUUUUACUCACCAUGACUGUUGUGAAUCUGAAUUGCCAGUGAUCAUUGGAAACUUUCUAUCUGGUAAUUAUGAAGCUGUCAUUGCCGAUCCAUUUACCACAGAAGUGGUCGGUGGAGAUUUGGAAGAACUUCAGCCUUCAGAAAUCCAAGCACUAGUUCUCAAAAAUAUCGAUUCUCUCCUGUCUACAGACCCUAAAAGCGCAUUGAAAAUUCUUGUGGUUGGAGUUUCAUGCCUACAAAUAUUCCUUCAAAAUAAUUGGACAGGACCACUCACAGAAGCCUUUUCUUUAGAGAAAUUCUACCAGAAUUGGUGCCCUAAAGUUAUAUAUCAGGAAGACAAACUCCACAGUCUUUUAGUGAAGGAACUCUGCAAAGAUGGUGAAGCUGUCUACAAACUCUGCCGCCAGUUACCUUGCUUUUUUCUUGCCACAAGCAUCCUACUUGAAAGUUCUACAUUCCGUCAGCAACUCUGGAGUGGUGAGUGGUGGCGGUUCCGGGUGGUGUCAGUUUACCAGAGGUUGCUGGAUGACAAAUCUCCCAGCCUGAAGGAUAUUGCUGAUGAAGCACUAACUGCAAUGACACAGAAGAUGGCGCUGCUGGAUAAGAAGAACAGAGAACUUGAGAUUUGUUACGAAUUAGAAGCAGCAUAUUUAAAACAAGACUACUAUGAAUAUCAAAAAUCCAAAGAACGUUUCCUCAGUGCCGCAAACAUGGCACACCUGAAUGUUAGUCUCACAGGUGCUUUAGGCAAGCGCACACGCUUCCAAAGUAAAGAUGUUGCCCAAGUUCUUUUGGAGGUGAAACGAACGCAACCCGAUGAGACAGAGGCUCAGUUGUUAGAGUUACAUGUGCCUGCAGUCAAGCUUAAUGCUUCCUUGCUUCCAAAGAAUCUAAGCCAUAAUGAUGACACUGUCCUUGAAAAUAUUGAAUUUUCUGAGAUUUCUGAACCAGAUUUACAAGUUAACCAAUUGGAACAAGCCAUUGUACUAGGCCUUAUGGAAGUUAGCCGUCGGUCAGAGCCCAAUCAAGAAAAACUAACUAAUGAACAACUCUUAGCUUACAUAUCAUUCCUUCUCAAUCAGCCGUUGGACUGGAGCAUUCAAGUCACAGCUCUUUACACCCGUUCUUUCCUUGAGAAGUCCUUUGCACGUACAAUUGAGAGGUCCAUGAAACAGAUUGAAGAGAUUAUAAGUCAGAUGUCAAACCAACAGCCUCCGUCCCAGAAGCGUUUACCUCAGUUUUAUUACACGAGAACACCUCCAGUCUGGUUACUCAAAAAACAAUUGGCUCAGUUGCUGAUCUCCCUUGGUUCCAUUGGCUCAGCAUGUGACAUUCUUGAGCAGCUGGAGAUGUGGGAGGAUGUUAUAGUUUGCUACCAACGGAUGAACAAAUUGGAGAAGGCUGAGUCAUUGAUCCGUGAACAGUUGGAGAUAGAAGAAACUCCAAACCUCUGGUGUUUCCUUGGUGAUGUCACAAGAAACAUUGAGCACUACCAGAAGGCCUGGGAAUUGUCGAAUCACCGAAGUGCACGGGCCCAGCGCUGCAUGGGUUACCUUUAUUUUGGAAAAGAAGAUUGGGACAAUUGUCUGAGCUGCUUUGAGCGAUCGCUGAAGAUCAAUACACUCCAGACCCCGCUCUGGUUUACUUACGGUUGUGCUUCACUUGCUGCCAGCAAAUUCGAGACUGCUGCAAAAGCAUUCCAUCGCUGUGUCAUGAUUGAUUCUGACAACUUUGAAGCAUGGGGUAAUUUAUCUACUGCAUAUCUGAAACUGAAGAAAAAGAAGAAGGCCUUUGCUGUGCUGCAGGAUGCCAUCAAGUGUAGCUACGAUAACUGGAGGUUAUGGGAAAACUAUCUUAUUAUUGGUACUGAUUGUGGACAAUUUAGUGAAGUAAUUCGUGCUUAUCAUCGCUUGAUGGACCUACGAGGAAAGUGGCUGGACGUUGAGAUCCUGAAAAUACUUGUUAAAGCCAUUAAAGAGGACAUUCCAGAUGCUAAUGCUAUCCCUUCCUCAUAUUUGCUACCCAAAGCAUUAGAAUUAUUUGGUAGGCUUACCUCGAAAGUCACCACUGAUGCACAAGUCUGGGAAUUGUACGCCAAACUGACUGAAUUGAAAACUGAAGACCCGAUGAAGGACGAGAGGGUGUUGCAGUUCUUACAGAAAGCCUACAAAUGUUCCACUCAGGAACCAGGCUGGGAGAAGAACCCUGAGAAGUGCAACGAAAAAGGGAGUUUGGCCCUAGAACUUGCAGAUGCUCAUUUGAUCUACAGUGCCCAAGCAAAACAUUCCACCAUAUCCGUUCAGACCUUAUCGUCAGCAAAGUUAAUGCUCCGCUCCAUCCUUUCCACAAUUAAGAAAUUCCAUGGUGAUGCAAUAACUGGUGACAUUGAAGAUAACGUGAAAGAAAUCUGUUCGAAAUUAGAUUCUGCAAUUACCAUAGUUAUAAGCAAGCUAACAUUGGCCCAGACUUAAUGCUACACACUUUAUUAUUAUAUUUUUAUUCUUUCCCGUUUUUAGCAAAUUAUCAAAUUAGCCAUGUCUCUUGAUUGCUUUUUGUUGCUUGAGUUUUUCAUUAUUUUGUCUGGUCCCUAUCAGGGACGAAGGCCAAUAUUUUAACUGCAAUAAAAAAGACACAAACCAGAUAUCUCUCUCUCUCUCCAUAUAUAUAUAUAUAUAUAAUCACAAGGGAGAGAGAAUAAAAUUACAGACAAUCAGAAAAACAAAACAAAAUAAUCAUUCUUGAUAUUAUUUCCUUCAUACGGUUUUUUUUUCUUCCUUCAAAUCCUUUUAUGUAGUAUUUGAAACUAAAUACAAGGAAAUAAUUUGAAGGAGAAAAAAAUGGGAUUCUUGGAGAGAAUGAAGAUGAUGUAUUUUGUGUGAAUGAAAAUGUGGCUGUCUUUGAUGGAUGCAUGCCUAAUAGACUUUGAGUUGAUUGAUGCAUUGGGAGUGGAAUUUGGUAAGCAGAAACUGCAGCAGUGUCCUUGCAAAUAUUCCAGCAUGGCCAAAGUCCGCUUGCUUGCAUGGCCAAAGCGUGCUUGCAUAUACCGGUGUGGCAAGUAUUCCCCAUUCAUCUCACAAAAGAUGAUUUUGCCUUUUGCCAUGCAACAGAGAUCUAUACCAAAAGUACUGGAGACCAAAAUCAAUUCUGGAAUCAGUAUUAACAAAGUUACCUUGCAGUAUUUAGUAGCAUUCUUUUAUGUUUCUUUUAAGUUCAAAUCACACUCAGAGUCAAAUUUUCCAUCUCCCUUUGGAGUUGAUGCAAGAAGUACCAAACAUGGGGCUUUGUGCUAAUUUUUACUGUAUUAAGGAAAAAUACAAUCGUGAUUAAAUACACGCACACAAACUUGACUUUAUCUGUAAAUACUAUAAAGAUUUUUAAUCUAUGUUUUGUCCACAGGUGGGUCUGUAUCAUAGCUUAAUGCUAUUUGUUUCAAUAUUUUGUCUUGUGUAAAAGGACCAAUAUCAGAUUUUUCCCAUCUCUCUCCCAGUCUUCCUUUACACAGGUACCAAUUUCUAAACACAAAGGACACAACUGUUCUUUGGUGUUUCCAAAAUAAAAUUCGCAAAACUCAAAAA